UUCAGAAUAUUUCUUCUCCCAUCUCUGAAAAGAUAUGUACUUUAAAAUACUUUUAUUUUGAAUAUCCGAUGUUGUGACGUCAAACUGUCCGCGCCACGGCUCUUCAGUCUGUUUAAAUAGGCUGUGAAAAGAAUUUUCAGAUACGGAAGAAAAAUUCCAGAUGAAACGACUGAGAUCUGUGUGACAAACUGCUGUAAAGAUGGAGUUUAUUAAAGAAGAGAGUGAAGACAUCAGUAUUACACAAACAUGUGGAAUAAAAACUGAAGAUACUGAAGAACAAAGAGACCUGAUGGAGUUGAAAGAGGAAAGUCAAGAUCUGAAUGAAGAGGAGAAACAUCAGUAUCAGAUGCCUGUUGAUGUUAUUACUGGUGAUCAAUCUUUUAGUGGCUCACAGACUGAAGAAACCAAAUCCAAAAAAUCUUUCACUUGUUCUCAGUGUGGAAAGAGUUUCACUCGUCAAGGAAGCUUGAAUCGUCACAUGAGGAUUCAUGCUGAAAUGCCUCCUUACACAUGCAAUCAUUGUGAAAUGAGUUUCAAAUGCAAAAUAUCCCUCCUUAGACACAUGCAAGUUCAUAUUAGAGUGAAAUCUUUCAUAUGCAAGCGGUGUGGGAAGAGUUUCACUCGUCAAGGAAGCUUGAAUCGUCACAUGAGAAUUCAUGCUGAAAUGCCUCCUUACACAUGCAAUCAGUGUGAAAUGAAUUUCAAAUGCACAAUAUCCCUCCUUAGACACAUGCAAGUUCACAUUAGAGUGAGAUCUUUCAUAUGCCAUCGGUGUGGAAAGAAUUGCGAAGGUAGAAGAGGUCUUGAAAAACACAUGAGUAUUCACACUGAAGUGGACAGUUACGUAUGCUAUAAGUGUGGAAAGAGUUACACGUUGAAACAAAGUUUGAAACGUCACUUGAGAAAUCACAUUGGAGAGAGGCUUUUCACAUGCCGUCAGUGUGGAAAGAAUUUCACACAAAAAGGAAGCCUAAAUAUCCACAUGAGAAUUCACACUGGAGAGAAGCCUUUUACCUGCCAUCAAUGUGGAAAGAGUUUCACACAAAUAGGGAGCCUAAAUAUCCACAUGAGAAUUCACACGGGAGAGAAGCCCUUUACCUGCCAUCAAUGUGGAAAGAGUUUCAAACAAAAAUGUAGCAUAUAUAUCCAUAAGAGAAUUCACUCUGGAGAGAAGCCUUUCUCUUGCUGUCAGUGUGGAAAGAGUUUCAUAAAGAAAGCAAGCCUUAAGAGACACACGAGAAUUCACACUGGAGAAAAGCUCUUCACAUGCCCUCGCUGUGGAAAGAGUUUCAAACGGAAUGGAGAUCUUAAUAUCCACAUGAGAAUUCACACUGGAGAGAAGCCUUUCAUGUGUCAUCAUUGUGGAAAGAGUUUCGCACUAAAAGGAAAUCUUAAAAUCCACAUGGCAAUUCACACUGGAGAAAAGCCCUUCACAUGCCCUCACUGUGGCAAGAGGUUCUCACAGAAUGGAAAUCUUAAAAUCCACAUGAGAAAUCACACUGGAGAAAAGCCCUUCACAUGCCCUCACUGUGGAAAGAGGUUCACGCAGAAUGGAAAUCUUAAAAUCCACAUGGCAAUACACACUGGAGAGAAGCCCUUCACAUGCACUCACUGUGGAGAGAGUUUCAAAUUAAAAAGAGACUUUAAUUACCACAUUGGAAUUCACGCUAUUGAGAAACGCUUUCAUGUGCCCUCAGAAUCAGAACCAGAAGGAGCUUUAUUGCCAAGUUGUCUCACAGACUCAAGGAAUGUGUCUUCAGUGACAGAAGCUUCCAGUACACCCAAACCCAAAAUAGAUUAUUCCUCUUGGUUUUUAGAAUAAAUUAUUUGACGGAAAACACAAUUUCUACACUUAAUUUGAACAUAAUGUAGUAACAAUAUUUUUAUCUGGAGUCGCAAGUUCGAGUCCAGGGCAUGCUGAGUGACCCCAGUCAGGCUUCCUAAGCAACCAAUUGGCCAGGUUGCUAGGUUGGGUAGAGUCACGUUGGGUUAACCACCUCAUGGUCACAAUAAUGUGGUUCUCGCUCUUGGUGGGACAUGUGGUGAGUUGUGCGUGGAUGCCGCAGAGAAUAGCUUGAUGCCUCCACUCGCUUUAGCCAGGGUUCCCACGCAUCCUGGAAACCUGGAAUUUUGCAGUGCAGUUUUCCAGUCAUGGAAAAUUAAAAAUAUACCUAAAUGUCCUGGAAAAAUAAUGAUUUGUCCUGGAAAAUAUUAAUAUACUGAAACUAUUUGACUGUUUUGCUAGCAAGGUUUCCGUUACAAGCACAUAAACAUUGUAACGAUCUAACUCGGAAUAAGAGUCAAAUACGUAUUUGUAAAGUUUUUUUCACUGCUUGCGGCUGUGCAUUGAAACAGCAUCAGCGGUUAUGGGUGCUUAAACACACAUGAUUGAUUACAGCAGCAGCAUAUCGUGAGCUUGGCAAUCAUGGUGCAACCGAGGCAGAUCUCUUGAUUGGUUACAGCUACAACCAAUCGCAUGCUUUGUUUCAGCGGCGCAUGCAAAGAAGCUGCAUUCAUGGAACUUCUCAUUCAUAAACAAACUGAAUGACCUGGCACUUGUACCGACUGACUGAAUGAGAGGGGCAUUAAUUUACUUCAGCAUCGGAAUGUGAGUCUACCUUGUUCAUCAUGGAGAGAAAAUGGCAGAAAAGCUAUUAAUGUGUAAAAGUGACUGAUGUUUCUGCACGUUGAGGGGAUUUCACAUGACUUGUGUCAGUGCUGCUGAAUACAUUGAAGACUAUGAAGUGACGUGUCAGCACAACCUCGGCUCCAACGUCACACCAAAGUGUUUUUCACACACGUUUUGGCUCACAAAUGCUGUCUUUGUGUGUAAAAAGCUACAUUAAAUGAUUUAAAAUGGUUGAAAUUUAUGAAGAGAUGUUGAACGUCUCAUAAUUUCCCUCUUCGUCCUUCCGACAUACCAUCCCCUUUGAAAUCAGUGCAUUCGCAGCAUUCUCUGACACAGCAUAAACUCUAGUCAGAGUGGAGGACAAAGAGCCGCUUGACGCUGGUGUUUAGCGAAGCUUUGACUCAACUCAUGUGAAAUGCACUUUACAAUGAAGUAGGGACAUCAUUGAAACUCAAUAUUAUUAUGUCUUUUCUGAUAAAAGUCAUGUCCAGCAGUUUAAAUACUGUAGGAAAAUGAUACAGUACAUCUGCUUUGUUUUUAUAUUCUACUGAAGUCAGUAGAUUUGACAUGCAAAUUGUAAUAUUGGUGAAGGUAAGGACGUUAUUGAUACUCAUUAUUAUUUUUAGACUAUUGUUGUCUUUUUGGAUGAAAAGUCAUGCUCGUCCUGUCACAAACUGUGUGGAAAUUAUAGAUCUGCUUUGUUCUUAUAAUGCUUAAACACUAUAAAUUCUCUUGGCAGAUUUCAGUCGUGAACAUUUCAAAUGAUUCAAUAACUCGCUUAUUGCACGUUAGACUUUCCUUUGUUGCCACCUAGUGGCAUCUCCAGAAGGGGUAACUAAAUUAAUCAAUUACAAAAUGUUACACAAUUUUUGUUCCUGGGUAGUAAGUGUUAUUUCCUAAUUGCUUAUGCCUCAAAAGUAUAGAAAAUGGCUAUUAUUCCCCACAAAAUGUGCUUUUGUGACUAGGACAGUGAUAUUUUGAAAUGUACCUAUUUGCAAUGAGAAAAUGGGUGAAUUUGUGUCUUUUUGUUCACAAAGUCAGAAAACAACCACAUAUGAAUCAAAAUUAACAUGUAUUUAUACUAAAGUAAUACAAAAAUGACUACAAAAUAUUUAGAAGUGAGUAGUUUUUCUAAGAUUUUCGAUUAAACUAAAUUAUUUCACGAAUCAGCCCCCAAAUGUAGUCUCCCAUCAUGUUCUCAUUAUACUGUCCUUGGUAGCGGCAAGUAUAUCAAGUAUAUCCUGAUGGAAGCGCCCGCCUUGCUCCUCCGAGUAUGCUCUCAUGUUCUUCUUGAAUUUAUCAAGAUGAGCAUCAAGGAUAUGGACUUUGAGGGACAUCCCACAGCCCAUUGUGCCGUAGUUCUUCACCAGAGUCUCAACCAGCUCCACAUAGAUUCCGGCCUUCUGAUUGCCCAGGAAGCCCCGAACCAAAACAAAGCUGUUCCAAGCAGUGGUGUGGUGGUGGUGUAGUGGUCUAAACCACAAAACUGGUAAUCAGAAGGUUGUUGGUUCGAUCCCCACAGCCACCACCAUUGUGUUCUUAAGCAAGGCACUUAACUCCAGUUUGCUCCGGGGGGGAUUGUCCCUGUAAGAAGGGCUCUGUAAGUCGCUUUGGAUAAAAGCGUCUGCCAAAUGCAUAAAUGGAAAUGGAAAUGGAAAGCAGCGCCUGCCAUCUCCCCUGAAUGCCUGAGGUCGGCAUCACCUGAGUAUUAACAUUUCAUGAACUACAUUUCAUAUAAUCCUCCAGUCAGACGGAUUACUCUUCCACCUGUUUCACUUUAACCCUGUCUAUUUAAGUUCCCAGUUUCCACGCAUUCAAUGCGAAGUCUUGUUUGCCUAGUCUACAAUUCUGAGCGUUAUUACUAUCAUUGAUUGCCCUGUUUUUUUUAUCCGUAUUCCCCAGCCUGCUUGUGAGUGUUUUCGAUUUAUUGAAUAUGAACAUAUUUGAGAAACUGAAGCAAGGCACACCAAAAUACCCUUUAUUUUUGCAGCUAAUUCUACAUAAUUGUGCAGAUCAUUUUCUAUACUUGAAUCAUUCAAAUAGCUUAAGUUGGUGCUUUUAGUUUAUUCUUUUUAAAAAAUUAUCCCUGAAAACAUGUCCAUCGAUUAGUGAUUUGUCUCAUCUUUUUGGACCCUUGUGAGUUUGCAUCCCUGUGAGUUAUAAACUUAAGACAAUGAUGACAGUAGGACCACUAAAUAAAACAAAUUAUUCACACUGGGUUCGUAGUGUGAUGAUUCAGCCUUAACACCUCGGAAUGUGAAUACAUUUUCAGUAAUUAAAUGAUUGGAGUCAUCUUAUACUGCAGUUACAACAUAUAGUAUACAGAAAACAUGGAAUAUAGUCAUUAAAAUGGCAUUAGCAAUAAACCGCAGAAUGUCAUGGAAUAUGACAUACUGUAUUUGGAUGAAAAUUAAUGUUUGAAUGUACAUUUAAAAUUGUGAUAUGUCCUAGUGUGCUAAUUAAACAAAAGAAAAGUGUCUGAUUUAAUUUAAAAAAAAAGAAAUAAUCUGCAAGUGAUGCACGCUUUAAAAUUAAUGUGUAGAGCCGGCUGCUCAUACACUGAAAACACCUCAUCAUGAUCAUCAUGUGUAUGCUUGUGUGUGUGAGAUGACAGAGAGAGAGAGCACUCUGAAGUGCACAGCACAUACAUUUAUUUAAUUAAAUUACUGCUUUAAGUGGAUUAAUAAUCAAACUAUGGAGCAUACUGCUUAUCUAGAGGUGAGAAACUUCUGUCAAAAACACAGAAACUACAAAAUAAAAGCUUUAU